GGGCGGAACUCCGGAGUCCCGGAGAGCGCCCCCUUUCUGGCCGCGCCCCGUUCCUCGUCCCGGGAGCCGCAGGGCUCGAGGUGGCUUCGGGCAGCGCGCGGGGCUCAUCCGGAGCGUUCCCGGCGAGAGGCAGCGGCGCUCCGGGCUGCUCCGGCGAACGGGGGAGGGUCGGGCCCGGUCGGGGCGGCCCCGGCGCUGCCGAUCCCCCCGACUGCCGGCGCUGCUCUGCCCGGGCCGAGCGUGUGCGGAGCCGCAGCCCCGGGCCGGGCCCGGCGGGAUGGCGGGGCCGUUCGAGGAGGUGGCCGUCUACUUCUCCCGCCAGGAGUGGGCAGAGCUGGCGGGCUGGCAGCGGCGGCUCUACCGGGAGGUGAUGCUGGACACCUACGGAAUGCUCGCCUCGUUGGGUGGGGCCGCUGUCAAGCCUGAGAUCAUCUGCAAGCUGGAGCGAGGAGAGAUGCUGUGUGUGCCAGACCCCCCUGGGUUGCAGCGAGGGCAUCGGAGCCCUGUGCCAGGAGGGUUCCAGGGUUCUGCGAGAGGGAUGAGGGGUUCCAGCGUCUCUGCCCCCUUGGCCUCAGAUGCUCCGGUCCCUGGUGCUGCCUGUGAGAUCUGUCUGCUAUGCCUGUGGCAGCCUGGUGGGAGCCAGGUGAACCCGUCACGGCAGUCCCGACCUCACCCUGUCCCAGUCCCUCAGCUGGUGGAGAAGACCUCCCCCACGUGCCCCAAGUGUGACAAGAGCUUCAGGGAUCAGACUGCACUGGCCGCCCACGAACGAUGCCACACAGGCGAGAGGCCCUUCACGUGUGCCAACUGUGGCAAGAGCUUCAGCCAGAAGGGCUCCCUGAUCACCUACCAGCGCUUCCCCACGGGCGAGCGUCCCUUUGCCUGCACCAUCUGCGACAAACCUUCCACCAGAAGGUGCACCUGAUCACCCACCAGAGCAUCCACACAGGUGAGAAGCCCUUCACGUGCCUUGAGUGUGACAAGAGCUUCAGACAAGAGCAUCCAGGCUAGCGAGAAGCCCUAGAAAUGUGGUGAGUGUGACAAGACCUACAGGCAGAGGCAGAACUGGAAUAAUCAACACUGGGUGCAGUGGGACCUGUGGGCAGCUGUAGGGUGAUGACAGGAUAGGAGGUGUCCUUCUCGGGAGUGAAAAGUGAUGGUGAACUCAGCGGGCACUGCGGAGAAUCAUA